UCAAUUAUAUAUUAUAUUAUAAAUUCAAUUGAAAAGAAUGCCAACAUCAAAAAAAUCAGACUACUACAAUCGUCCGAAACCAUCGGUCCAAGAACUCAAGUUGAACAUUAAUUCCUCGACUAGUUCGCGCCAAGAAUCAUUAAAGAAAUAUGCAGCGUCUCCGAAACCUAUAAAACGAUCAAUGAAUACAAAAUAUGAAAUAUGUGAAUCAAUACAAAAUCUAUCCAAAGUCGAGCCCACUGAAGCCGUUGCCGAUAAAUGUUAUGACGAUAUAAAACCAUUAAUUACUGUACCGACUAUCGAGCUACGUUUAUCUGAGCCGGAGUCGUCCAGUUCAACUCCACAGCCAAAACAACGCGGCUACGACCUUACUAGUUCCACCAACUCACAUUUUAAAGGUUUGAUUAUAGCAGGUCCAAAGAAAUUCAAACGCACAUGCUCGAGUGCAUCUACGUCAUCCAAGCCAAAAAUCAGCUCGUCUAGCUUACAAACAACAACAGCUCCAGCGAAGGUAUCGGAUGAAAAGCAGGUCACGUCACAGGAAAUGAUCGAUUCACAACAUAAGGAGUCGGGCGCCAAACGCAAGAUUUUUCGCGGUCCUGAAUGGAAGAAACCGUGUCCAGAAAGCGUUGUGGCCGGUGCACCAAAGCCCUUUGUCGGUACUUGCCCACUGAAUUUCCAGGAGUUUGCCAAAUUAUCACGUGUACGACAAAAAUUUUUUCUUACACAAGACCCACGAAAGAAGUAUUGCUUGGUUAACCCACAGGCUUUGCGUACGAACGCAUUUUCGGAAAAGCGUGAAUUUAAAAUAUUAACGAAUUCAGUUAAAUAUGGAGACAAUCUUUGCGGCGAGACACAAUCGCAUUCCUCAGAGUCUUUUGUUUGCGAAGAAAUCGAUUUGGAGAACCCAAUGCAACUAGAUUUCCAGGGCCUUGACUACAAAAAUACUUAUCAAGCAGACGAACAGGAUACACAAAACCAGAGUCUUUAUCGAAGCAUAGUGCGGUACAUGGAGAGGCGUGGCGUCAAGCAGGAGAUCGAGAAAAGUGUCGAAGCAGAGCUUCUGCAUGAACGUUUGGCAGUGCCAGAAUGUUUUGCGGUGCAAGAUCGUACUAUACAAGAGAAGGAGCCAAGCAGUGAGCCGCCGGUACCGUUUUGCAAAUUAUUUCGUGCAGCAGAUAAGCCCUACAAUCAAGAGAAAAUAGCAGAAGAAAGACGUAACCGUCAUGACCGUUACAAGACACUUUAUUUACGUCGCAAAAAGCUAGCUGAACAAAAGGAAAGUGCUAGAAAGCAGCAAGAUAAAGUUGAUGAGGAGCUCAAACCUACAAUGCUCGCGAAUAAAAAUUUCACGGAAGUUGUAAAUAGUAUAAAUGCAGCAUGUCAUCCCGAUAUUAAAAUAGAAGGUCUGUUGCGUGAACCGGAGAAGCCAAAACAAUGUUUUCCACAUACAAUGCGCGAAACUAAGCAAUUUAAAAAGAAUCUGAAAACGGAGAAUCGUAUCAAACGUGACAAUGCGCUUGUUAAGAAGGAAUAUGUUUUGCAAAAUCUCGGUAAGCUGAAAGAUUACCCUGAGGCAAAACUUGAUAUAAGCAGCGAUACACCGAAACACAGCGUUGAAAGUCCGGAACUCAGCGAACAGUCCAGCGAUGACGAGGAUGCUAUUGAUGUGGGCAAACAUGGCAGCAACUACAAGCUGCGUGGCUUUCACUUUAAGUUGGGCGAGAGCUUGCGUGGCAAGCAACAUCAAACCGAGAAGACCGGAGGUGCACGAAAAGAAAAGACGUGCAAGACCCGUGAACAAUGGUUGGCAGAGUUGGUUCCAAAGAAGGAAGCUAUAAUGUUGGAUAUCGAGGAAGGCAUACCGAAACUACGUAGUCCCGACGACCCGCUACUUAAAAUUUGUAUGCCCAAAUUUGAAUAUAAGUUACCGCAAAUAAAGAGUAGUGCAGUACGUGAGUACAUCGAGAAACGGCUGGGACGUCACUAUGAACGUGAUUUGCGUAAGAAGUUUAGAAUGGUACGACCGCGUCUUGAGUACCCACUUAAGAAGUUCAAUUUAAUACGUUUUCUCUUCGAUGAUAAUAUCCAAGACUUGAGUAAUGUUAAAUUACACAAAGCAGAGAAAUAUGAUGAAACUGAUUUAAUGAAAAUGAACACCACACUGGAGUACAUGGCGGCCAAAGAGAAUAUCAAAAAGAAAAUGAAGGCGCAAAUGAAACAGAAGCGUCUCAAAUUACUGGGUAUACCUUGUUACGAGGUGAAAAGGUCGAGUCUGCAAACCAAAUGUGAACAAUCGGAUACGGAUACAGAUCCAGAAUGGGUACCGGAACCAGAACCUGAGUUAGUUGACCAGAAAGAGGAGAAUGAGCGCGCAAAAUUUGCCAAAAGCGUUGGACUACCGAUGCCCAUGCGCGGCAAUAUGCCUGCUCCCAAAUAUCGAGAAACUACAUUACGGAGACAUCCCAGAAAGCCACGUGACUACCUAAAGGAACGCGUGCCUUCGGUGCUUUUCGAUCAUACUGUUGCAGAAGUGCACAAACCGCAUUUGCUAAAACUUAGCCCAGAUGAAAUAUAUUUCAACAAUUUACGCGAAGUGAAAAAAAGUAAAUAUUCAAAAUUGUUUGAAACCCGACACCACCAUGAUCAUGGAAAUUAUAUGCAACAAAAACCAGUGGACGUACACUAUCAGCCGAAACUCGUAAAAGCGAAAGUCACGAAGGCCAAAAGAAAAGAAGAUCAAGUUGUUAUGGAAAAAUUUCGUAUGGCACAACCCCCAUGUAAUGAAUUCGUUGAAAUGGAUCUGUCUUUACCCAAAGCGGAUACAAAAGCAUUGCUUGAAAAACUGCAAAAUUCGAGAAAACAGGUUACUGCCGACAAGGGUUUGGGCAGCAAGGAUUUGUGCCAGCAACGCGAUUUCUAUUAUCAUAGUCGGCCGCACGAAAAUCUCGAAACACUCGAUUAUCCGGGACACAAGGAAUAUUUGGAUUUUUUGCAUGAGGUGCGCAAAGCACUCUAUGAAUCCAAAGUGAAUGAGGAUGAGGGUCAGAAGAUUGCUGUUGAUCGUGAUGAAAUAAUACAAGAGAUAGAAGAGGAUUUGAAAAGUAUUGAAACGUGCCUGACUUCGCUCAGCAGCUCGGUGUGUACGAAUCUAACGAACGAUAGUGGUAGCUUUUUGCUGAUGGAAGGAAAAACGAAAAUUCCACUCGAUUAUAUAAGAAAAUCCGUGGUGCCAUUCGAAGCAAUUAAUCGAUGUCGAUUCAAGUUGGAGCCGCUCGAUAUGGAAACUGAGGAAAAUAAUCCUUUCAAGGUGAUGCCAUUUGCGGGGCAGCACAAAGCGCAACUGGAGCUUAGCACAGCCAAAGACAGCUUUUUCACAUUCAACACACGUCUACAAAAUGGUAUGCGUUUACGUCUCGAGGUGCCGGUCGAAGAUGUGCGACAGAAACUUAUUGGACGCGCACGAUUUAAGUAUCGCAGUGUAGUAACGACAGAUAUCGAUGAAAACUACGUGGACGAAUUGAAAAAUCGACCGCCAGUGAAGAUGUUCAGUUUUAAAAGCGGCAUGUCAUUUAUUAAAGAUGCAUUGCGUUUGAAAUUCGAGUCCAUGCUCAUACAAGGUCAAAUAGUGCGUACGAAGAUCUACGAUCGCUUAAACGAGCAUCAUUGGGAGCGUAUGUUGCGUUUGAAGACACUUUAUGAGAAACUAUUCACAAAGUGGGAGAAACGUGAAUAUGAAGCAGCCAUGUCGGUAGUGCAUAAGGUUAAAUCCUAUUACGAUCGUACAGAUGCUUUAAGGCGUGAAUUUCGUGAAUUGGAACGCCAACAAAUUAUUUUGAAUAUGGACAUAGUUUUCGUUGAGGGUCAUUGGAUACGCCGUAUUAUGCUACAGAACUUCCACUAUUUACUUGGUGAUUCGGAAUGGCGUUACGAGAACGAUUGGAUACACCGUAUCGAACAAGCAACACAGCCAAGCACUGAGUGUGAUGAAGAAGAGGAAGGCGAGGAGGAAGAAGAGGCUGGUGAAAGGCGAUGUGAAAAGGUGUCAAUUGAAUUAGAGAACUUCGAAGAGUCCAUCGCAAAACGAAGCAUAGUGAAUAUUCGAAAGCGUGACAAAGACAACGCAUGGGCAAUUAAGGCUUUCUACGAGAAUGUAUACCUACAGAAUUUGCAUCCUAUACUGAUUGUGUUUCCCAAUGCGGAGAGUUUCAUGCUAGGCAUAGAUAAUUUGAAAACUAAAACCUUUGUGCUACUACUCGAAAUGCAUUUCACUUUGUCCAUACACUCCGAAUUGCAGAGUCGGCUGGAGACUUUCCAGGAAUGGUGUUUAGAGGAUUUGCGUGAAAAGCAAGCGUAUGUUUCGCGUAAAUGUGCAAAAUUGUAUUUUAUGUCCGACCGUGCAGCCGAUAUGAAGAAACGUUCAUUGGAAUUUUUGGUGCAGCCCAUUGAGGAGUCAUUCAACGACGAGACUUUUAUCAAACAUCGAGCAAUUAUUGCGGAGGUGUGGCGUGGAGUUGUGCCGGGAAACAUGCGUAGCGCUAGUGGUGAAGAUCUCGAGUCGUUGGAGAUGGUCGCCAUGAUUUCAGAGGUUGUGUUGGAAUUGAUAUCUACACUCGAUUACAUACCAGUGGACGAGAGUCGACGCAUUGAAGCUCAACUUCGUCGGCGUUAUGCAUAUGAUCGUAAAAUCUCCCGGCAAGCUUAUCAGGUGGAGAAACGCAUUGAGAGUGAAAUGAAGAAGGUUCGACACAAUUUGGAACCGCCAUAUGUCAAACCGAAGCGUGAAGGUAAAUUGACGCGCAUCUUUAUUAAGAAAAAGCAAAAGAAGGAUGUUUUGAAGGAGCAACGCGUUUCCGAGCAUACCAAAUUCUUUUUCCGUGCUUUCCAUGACGAGGGCGAUGUUAUGCAAUUGCAAGAUGCCCGCGAUAGUAUUUUUGUAAUGGACACUAUUCAGGAGCAAAUUGUUCCUUUCUAUUUCGACCAUUUCCUUAAGCUGAAUGGCUAUACACCGAAUUACAAUUUUAAAACUAAUAUUGAAUUACGUGAUGGAUCUGAGGUUUCACGCGUUGCGUUUCCCUCAUUGUUGCCAGAAGUUUUGGAACGAUUGGAUAAGUGGGAAGCCGCACGAAAACGCACCAUGGAGGACAAUAUACAACGCAAUCCAAAAAUGUACGUAGAUGUUCAAUUUUGAAAUGUUGGCAUUCACUUGUUAUAUAUGUAAAAAAAAACACAAUACAUAUAUUUUAUAAAAUUUAAAUUUCUGAAAAAUAUGAAACCGUUUGCAAAAAUAAACUUAGCCCUCAUAUAAUAGUGGCCCA